AUGGGUUGGUUCGAUGACGAUUCUCAUCCUGCGCAAGCUUAUGAAGAGGUCCGCGACCGUCCCCAUGAGGCCAAGUGGAGUCAUGAGCUCAUCGGAGGAGCAGCAGCUUUCGAAGCUGCUAAGGCAUAUGAAGAACACUGUGCCCGAAAUGGAGAACCUGACAGUCAUGCAAAGGCCAAAGAGUUCAUAGCAGGUGCUAUUGGUGCCUUUGUUGAUCGAGAGGUCGAGACAAGAGGCUUGGACUUCAUUGACAGAGAGGAAGCUAAGCGACAUGGCGAGCGACAUGCCAUGGAGCAGCUGAACCAGUAUGGAAACCAGAACGGAAACUGGUAA